AUGAUUCAAAAGACCGUUAAGAACGGCUUCCUAACAACCCUCGCGCAAAAAUGCAAGACCCUAAUCCAACUCAAGCAACUACACGCCCACAUCCUCCGAUGCCGCAUCAACGACACGCCGUAUGCCAUCGCCCCGCUUCUCGCCGUUGCAGCCACCUCCAACGACGCGUCGUUCUUCUCCUACGCUCGCUCCAUCUUCCACCACCUCACUCACCGCAACACCUUCAUGCACAACACCAUGAUCAGAGGCUACGUCCAAGGCCGUUCCCCCCUCCCCGCAGUGUCCUGCUACUUAACCAUGUUGCAAAACGGCAUUGUCGUUAAUAACUACACAUUCCCACCUCUCAUCAAGGCUUGCAUUGCUCUACUUUCAUCUUCUCAUUCUUUCAACAUAAUUGGACGUUUGGUGCACGCCCAUGUCGUUAAAUUCGGCCUCUGCGACGACCCUUACGUCGUGAGUGCGUUUAUUGAGUUUUACUCUGCUUUACCCGAGGUGGAAACCGCAAGGGUGUUGUUGGAUAAAACGACGAUGAAAGAUGUCGUGUUGUGGACGGCAAUGAUAGACGGUUAUGGCAAAGUGGGCAAUGUCGACAAUGCUAGACAAGUGUUUGAGAAAAUGCCUGAAAGAAAUGCUGUAUCGUGGAGUGCUAUGAUGGCCGCCUAUUCUCGCGUUAGUGACUUCAAGCAAGUGCUGGCUUUGUUUGCAGAAAUGCAAAACGAGGGCACGAAGCCAAAUGAGUCCAUCCUGGUCACAGUCCUCACUGCAUGUGCUCACCUUGGUGCGCUCAUGCAGGGACUGUGGGUGCAUUCCUACGCCAAUAGAUUUGGUCUUGUCUCGAAUCCAAUUUUGGCAACGGCUUUGGUGGACAUGUACUCAAAAUGUGGAUGUGUGGAAUCAGCUUUAUCUGUUUUUGAGAGCAUUGUUGAUAAGGAUGCUGGAGCGUGGAAUGCUAUGAUUUCUGGUGUUGCAUUGAAUGGUGAUGCUAGGAAAUCGCUGGAGUUGUUUCACCAAAUGGUUGCUUCUGGGACUGACCCAAAUGAAACUACUUUCGUCGCUCUCCUCACUGCUUGUACUCAUGCAAAGAUGGUUCCACAAGGCCUUCGGUUGUUUGAAGAAAUGAGUAGUACAUAUGGAGUUGCGCCACAGGUGGAGCAUUAUGCGUGUGUUAUUGACCUUCUUUCCAGAGCUGGUAUGGUGGAGGAAGCUGAAAAAUUUAUGGAGGACAAGAUGGGUGGACUUGCAGCUGGCGAUGCUAAUGUGUGGGGUGCUCUUCUGAAUGCAUGCAGAAUUUAUAAGAAUAUUCUUGUUGGGAAUAGAGUGUGGAAAAGGCUGCUUGAUUUGGGCGUAGCGGACUGUGGUACUCAUGUUCUUACUUUCAAUUUAUAUAGAGAAGCUGGGUGGGAUGCAGAGGCAAAUAGAGUUAGGAGUAUGAUAUCAGAAGCAGGGAUGAAAAAGAAGCCCGGAUGCAGCAUAAUAGAGGUGAAUAAUGAAGUUGAAGAGUUUCUUGCAGGUGAUCUUUCUCAUUCACAAGCACAGGAAAUGUGCAAAUUGCUUGAUUCUAUUCUCAAGAUGGUGAAUUUAGAGCACUCAUGA